AUGGAACGACGGGCCAAAUAUCUUGAUAAGAUAUAUUCAACUCAAGAAGAGAGUAGCUGCGAAGAUGAUGAACGUUCAAGUAUAAAGAAAAACCUUACAAGACGUAUGAACAGUGACGAAGAAGAAGAAAAUUCGAACCAGAACAAUGAUGCACAAAGUACAGAAAUUGCAGCUGAAACUUAUCUUCGACAGAUUGAAAAUUUAAUUGGUAAUGAGUCGCCAAGGAAUCAGGCGAUGGAUGAUACGACCAUAAAUCAGACAACUCGUCGAUCGUCGUUUGAUAUGACUCAAUCACAGUCUCAGUUUGGAUUCAAUGAUGUUGAUGGCGACAGGCACGGGGAACAACAAGAAAUAGAAGGUGAAGAUAAUGACGAGCAAGGGGAAGUAAUGGCGGAUGUCAAUAGCGAACAGCAGGAUGAAGAUAAUAAUAAUCAGCUACAACAACAAGAUGGCUCUGAAUCAGAAUCUGAAUCAGAUCAAGGAGCUAUAACAAUGGCAAAACUAGCUUCGUUAAAAGAAAACGAAAAUCAUCGUCGUAAAAAAUUAACAAAAAAAUUGUCAUCAAAAACAGUUAAUAAUGUGUCAAAAAUGACUCCAGGCUCGUCAUCCAAACAGAAGAAAACAAAAUUGAGUGUUCAAAUUAACAAUUUGAGAAAAUCAAUUAAUAUUUUGAUUGAAAAUCAAGUACAUCAACGAAGUAAGGAUGACGAACCAGAGGAUUUGGAAUCAAAUGGUAUCAAUUUGUUUGAUAUACCUGGACGAACACCAACUGAAUAUUCAUUAAAUAUUUUAAAAGAAUUAUUUUCAAGAGAAGAACUUCAAACAAGAAAACUACCGGGGAAUCGGCUGUUGAAAAAUUUAACAAAUGAACAAUUAACAGAUAAACAACUGGAUUCAGAAAAAAUUGAUUUACUAAAACGUCGGUAG